CAGUGAUUAUUCCAUCUGACUGUUAUUUUUACCGAGUUUGUACAUAAACAAGGCUGUCAUAAGGAGAUUAAAGUUGUUGCUUCUUGUUCUAUCAGAACAUUUUGAUUUACACAUACAUGUUAUCUUAUAGCUCUAUAUCUUCGAGUUUGAUUUUGAUAUUGGCAUUCGAAAAUACAUUUAAAAGAUAAUUGCGAUAUAUAAGUUUUUACAUCCGUCCUUAAAUGAAAUAUAUCGUAAAAUUACAACAGAAUAUUAAUAGGUUCCGAUAAAUGCACAUAAUUAAAUAACGCUACUAAGCAGUUCAUUUAUUGCUAGAAUCGUGUAAAGGUCAAGUAGCUUAGCGUCCUUCAAAUGUUUUGAGCAUUUCUCGAUAAAUACUUUUUUUAGCCUUUCACUGAUGGCAUUAUUUGUUAUGUAAAUUUUACUAGAGCAGAUAUUAGUAUUUAAUUAGUUUUAGCUUUUAAGUAUACAUGUGCCUGGUGGCCGUAAGAUUUAAAAAUGGAUCCGGUUGCUCCCCAUUUCGUAUAUCCCUUCCGACGACCUUGGCUUAGGGAAAACGGAGCCGCGGCCGCUGCUGGUGGCUCUAGCAAAGGUGUAAAAGGCGUCAUAGCCGGUGGCAUCACUGGCGGUAUCGAAAUAUGCAUAACCUUCCCUACAGAAUAUGUCAAAACUCAACUCCAACUUGAUGAAAAAGGUGCUGCCAAGAAGUACAAUGGCAUUGCAGACUGUGUCAAGAAAACCGUGAAAAGUCAUGGAUUUUUUGGGCUUUAUAGGGGUUUAAGUGUCUUGCUGUAUGGUUCAAUUCCCAAAAGUGCUGUAAGAUUUGGUGCCUUUGAAACGUUCAAGGGUGCGAUGAUACAGCCCGAUGGCACUUUAUCGCCGGGGGGUAGAUUGUUGUGUGGUCUUGGAGCAGGUGUGUCGGAAGCUAUUUUCGCCGUCACUCCCAUGGAAACGGUCAAAGUAAAAUUUAUUAACGACCAAAGGAGCGCCAAUCCGCGGUUCAAGGGUUUUUUUCACGGCGUCGGCAUCAUCAUAAAGGAACAGGGGAUCGGGGGAGUGUACAAGGGAUUGACGGCGACGAUAAUGAAACAGGGUAGCAACCAGGCAAUUAGAUUUUUCGUUAUGGAAAGUCUUAAAGACUUGUACAAGGGCGGGGAUCAAGAAAAGAAGGUUCCAAAGUGGCUGGUGGGACUAUUUGGCGCGGUCGCUGGUGCGGCGUCGGUGUUUGGUAACACGCCCCUGGACGUAGUGAAAACCAGAAUGCAGGGACUCGAAGCCUCCAAGUACAAAAAUACCCUGGAUUGUACUAUCCAGAUCUGGAAAAAUGAGGGCGCGUGGGCCUUUUACAAAGGUACUGUGCCUAGAUUAGGCAGGGUUUGUUUAGACGUUGCCAUCACAUUCGUGAUAUAUGACAGCUUCAUGGAAGUAUUCAACAAAAUCUGGCCAUAGAAGCUAUUUGAACUUCGUAUCAGGGAUCCUAGCUGUAGGUACUGCUUUAUUGCAUUUCGAGGGGCAUUUCCAAUAUAUUCUUAAUGUACUAAAAAAUUACACAUUCCCGAAGUUUUUUACAUUGAUCAACAAAAAUGUUAAGGACAAACUGCCAAACUUUAUAUAUUUGUUAAUUUUAUUAAUUUAUUAUCAAUUGUUUAUUGUUAUUGAUUGUUUUUGUCGAGUUUUUUUUGUUUACAAAGAACGCAUUUACACCACCAAAUUUUAUGUUUGUGACAUUUUUGUUGUUUAUAUUGAAAAUAUAUGACUAUUGAAUAAG